AUUCGCCUAGGCAAGUCACGGGUCACAGAAAUCCGCCUCUGACUUCUGCAAUUCCUUCCUUCUCAUCCUGACCUGACUAUAGCUAGUGACUGCAAGUUUGCUGUUGGCAAUCCAAUAAGGUAACGCUGUUGGCUACAGUAUUUCUCAAUUAUUUAAACAGAAUGCUUGGAUGUUGUCAAAAGUAUUUGUGUGUACAAAUGAUGGGUCGAGGGGUACCAUACCGUGAUUCCAGGGGAGCCAGUUUCUCCGAGAUCCUGAAGAAGAACGCUGCUUCCCUGCCCGGUGUGAACCUGUCCUACCUGCCCAUGUCCACGGAGGACGUCAACAACAACCUGCUGCUGCAUCCUGCAAACAGCAGCCCCAAACCUAAAACAGGUUGUAAAUCUACUAAGAACAUCCCAUCCGAACUGAUCAAAAGAUAUCAGCGGGGCGAGACUCACGCUGUGUCAGCCCUCUAUCAGCUUUCUCAGGUACUGCAAUUUCAGCUAGAGUUGAAGGAAACUGUGACCACAGGUAACAUCCAGGGGUUCUAUUUCGCAUUCUGCGCUGUGAUCGAUGGCGUGGAGUACAAGACCGGGAUGGGACAGACCAAGAAGGAGGCCCGUGCCAAAGCGGCGCAGCUCGCCCUGGAGGACCUGCUACCCACCCUGGGGUCGCAGACUAUGCUACCUGACGCGUCAGAGGGUCCUCCUCCACUGCCUGCGAAAGAGAAGGAAUGUGCCAUGGCAGACUUCCACUCUGGGAGAGCAACCUGUGAGAGGAAGAGUACCUUCAACACACAGAUCCCAAAGGCUGUGAAGGAAGCUUACAGCAAGCUAUUGGAAGUGUGCCCCGAAUUCUUCUCCAGUGGGGGUACUUUGGCGGCUUUUGUCACUCAAUCACCUGCGGGGUGCGAAGUGGUUGCCAUGGGAACAGGGGAUUUCAAUACCAAAGAGACUGUCACAUCCAACGGACGGACCCUCCAUGAUUCCCAUGCUGUGGUGACUGCACGCCGAUCCCUGAUGCGGUACCUGUUCAGACACCUCCUGCUGUUCUUCAGUAAGAAUCGCGCCCUGGUAGAGAAGUCCAUUUUCCAACAGGAUGAGACCACCAAACUACUGAGCCUGAAGAGUCACAUUUCACUUCACCUAUACCUGAACCAACUUCCUAAAGGUGCCGCCCAGAUCCCCUCUCACCUCCGGCUGAACCCUCUGUCCAUCGCGGCCUGGGAGGUGAACAACCAGAUCGGCUUGCACGUCACCAUCCAGGGCAAGGUCUUCUCCGUCUUCUCCUCGACCUUUGAUCAGACCGCCACCAAAGUGGUGAGCAUGUCAGCCAGCGACAAGCUGACCCAGUGGCAGGUGCUGGGCUUCCAGGGAGCCCUCCUCAGCCAUUUCAUUGAGCCCAUUUACGUCAGCACCAUUCUCGUAGGCGAUGCGUCCUGUAGUGACGUGCGUGGGGUGGAGAUUGCAGUAAGUCAGCGUGUGGAAGGCAUCACGUCCCGCCUGCCUAUUUUCUACUGCGUGUACCGGCCACUGAUCAGCCUGGUGCCCGCUGUCUGCCCCGAGAGCUCCACCUCGUCCUCCACAGGUUCUGCCCACCGCGCCCUCGCCAUCAACUGGUGCCAAGGAGACGUGUCCCUGGAGGCCGUGGAUGGGCUGGAGGGCCGGUCCGUCGAGGACUCUCCGUUUAAGAGUGGCCCCGCCUUGGCCAGCCGUCUGUGCAAAGCCGCUAUGCUGAGCCGCUUCAACCUGGUAGCACAAGAAGCUCAGAGGCCCGACCUGCUGGCUGCUGUGUCUUACAGAGAGGCUAAGAUGAUGGCAAAGCCAUACCAGGAGGCCAAGAACGUGCUCAAGUCCUACCUCUCACAGAAGGGCUAUGGCUCUUGGCCAGUCAAAUCCCCAGUCAGUGACCACUUCUGCAUGUGAGGGGAUCGCAACUACAGAGUGCCUGCUGUCUUGUUAGACUGGUCAGAUCAGCAGAAACGUUAAACCUGCAGACGCUGCAGCCCCAUCUGGGCUGGAGUUGGAUAAACGCAAUUUGUAACAGUCCUGUCAUUUAACAAAAAUUUGUGACUCUGGCAUGUGACCAGCUUAUGUAUUGCAUGUGAACUGAAUAGCUAUUGGAAUCACACUUGGAUCAAGUAUUUGUUUGAAAUAAUUUAACUCUGGUUUAAAAACACCAUUGAAUGAUAACGAGUUUUGGUGUGAUUAUUGGGGAAAAUAGAUGUUUUCUUUUAAAAUGGUCAGUAAUCCUCUGAAAUUGUUUCCAUUGGUUAAAGUAUUUCAGAUAUGCAUUUGAUCCAGGUGUGGUUUUGAUAGACUCGAGAUUCUUCUGUUCUGUUCGGUCCGUGUCAGUCCCCGACAGAGACCGCUGUGAGAGAAGCCAAAAAUCAAGGUUAUGAAACUGUGUUCUGAGUUCAUGCUGUUAUUUUUAUAAAACGCUUAUGUCAAAAUUUCCUGGCUUGUAAGCAAUUGACUCUGUCAUGAUUAGUAAUUACCACACAAGUUGCUUCUGCUCAGUUUGUUAGUGUGAAAAGAUAAGUUUAGUUAUUUAGAAAAAUUUUGUUAUUUGCAGUUCUUUGUGGUCUCCCUCAGUCUUUGAAUUAGCACUUCAAUAUAAACGUACAAUAAAUCAUAUAUUAUAAUUAAAAUAAAAUUUAGAAAAGCAUUGUUUUCCUGUAAAGUUUGCCUUCUUGAAGCAUUAAAUGAAAAAUAUUGUGAAACACA